AUGGUGAAGUUCGGCACGAAGGACGGGCCCAUCGAGCCGCCGCCGCCGGAGCGGGAGCUGCCGCCGGUGCAGCCCUUCCGCGUCCCGGCGCCCGUGUGGGAGGAACGAUCCAACGACACACCCGACCCUAACGCUCAAUGGCGGCCCCAACUCUUCAUACCGCAGCCGAGGUAUACUCAGGUAGUCUACUCUCCGCAGCCUCUAAACAACGCGCAACGAUUCGUCAACUCGUACAUACCAAUACGUCAACCCGUACAAGCCCAACCAAUUCAACGUCAGGACUACUUCACACCUGCUCAGGUCUUGAGUUCACAAAGUCUACCCGGCUUCGGUCUGAGAUACUUCCUUCCUACGUACAAUCCUGAUGACCAGCCUAAACAAGCUAAGCAAGAAGACGCUAAAUUGAACGCAAUAGAUGCAAAUAAUCUAAUUGACAGAAGAGACUCAUCCAACGAUCUACAAUGGCAGUUCGAAAAGGAUCUAACUAAGAGGAAUACAAGAAACACGCAAGAGGCAGCGGUUCCCUACGUCUACCAGUUCCCAGUGCACGUGUCUCGACAUCAGUAA